AUGUUGGGCAAGUCACACUCUCUAGACCGCAGUGUCCUCAACUAUGAGAUGAAGUUGCAUAAGCUAGAGAAAGGGUGGAGCGAGGGUGCUGAAGGAGGAGUGGCCUGGUUGACGUGGAGAUCCCUGCGGAGGACGACAGCGAGGCCAGGAAGCCUCGACUACCAGCUAUCAUCUGGGGAAAUAGAAACCUCUUCUGUGUGUCUCUAUAGAGAGGGCUCCACCUACCACAGCCAAUUUCUUUCUUUCCUUUACCUUCACAGCAUUCUCUUCCGGUCUCUCAUCUCCAGAGGCGAGGCUGACCCCUCUCCUUUGACCUUCGAAACUCUGAUCCAGGAUGGCAUUUCUUUCCCCGCCUCCACCAUCGGCGACACAAAGGACAAAGCAGAGACAAGUGCUUGUGAAUACUGGGGUUCCAGACCAGGGAGGACCUUGUCACCAUCACCAGGCGCUGUGGCUGCGGCCCUUGCAGAGCAGACCCACAGGAUGAGGAUGUCCCCGGGCACGAGGGGAAAAUGGUCAGGAACCAGCUCCCUCCCCCAGUGCCUGCCAAGCCCCGCAGAACUUGGGCUCCACCUUGAGCAUGGGGGACCGGCCCAUCCUUACUGAGGUGCUGCUUUCACCAGAGAAUGGAAUGAGGUCAGAAAUAAAGUUCCAUGUCACUUCUCGGA